AUGGCGACCACGACCGGACCUGCCACUACGUUUGCCGCGGUUACCGCGGGAAAAGAAACGUUCCGGUACGGAAGCAUAAAGUACGAUAUAAGCGACGCAAUGCAUACCAAACUCGCUUUCGAAGCUUUCGUUAAGGAAAUUACCGUGUGGAAAAAACGGGCCAGCGUUUUAUAUACGGCGGUUAGGGCUUACAAGUUUUUAACCCCUAACCGGUACAACGGAAAGGAAAGCGCCUUUAAAGCUUUCCUUACAAAAUGUCGAAGUUAUUUUGCCUUUUACCAAGCUUAA